AUGACUGAGGGGGAGAAAGUGAAGAAUUCAGAAACACAGCGUAGGAAAACUGUAUCACUUGUUCGCUAUGACAGCUCCAAUUUCCAGGCUGCUCGAGCGAAUCUGCACAGUCGCAGCAACACGCACACUCUACCCCCAACCGUCUUUGAGCAAGGCACUGUACCUGCAGCGCGUCUGGUCCUCCGCAGUGGAGGAUCGGAAGUGGAGCAGGCAGGUCUGUCGGACUUGGAGAUCAUCUCCCAGCCAGUGGAGGAUGAGAACCAGUGCUUGGCUCCUCCAGUCCAGCUGGUGAGUUUUGGCUACAGAGACCUGCCCCUCGCAGCUCUGGACCUCUCGCUGGCCGGCUCGCAGCUCCUCUCCAAUGCAGACGAAGAUGAAAACAGGGACGGGUCCAACUGGCUGAAGCCCUGCUGUGGCCGUCGAGUGGCCCUGUGGCAGGUCUGUCUGCUCAGCGCUGGCUUCAACUGUAUCCUGGUGGCCUGUGUCAUCCUGGUGGUGCUCUUCCUGUCUUUGGAGCUGCUCAUAGACACCAAACUCUUACAAUUUUCCAAUGCUUUCCAAUUCGCCAGCAUUAUCCACUGGAUCAGCCUUAUUAUCCUGUCACUCUUCUUCUCAGAGACUGUCUUCAGAAUCGUAGUGCUCGGGAUCUGGGACUACAUAGAGAACAAAGUUGAGGUGUUUGAUGGAGCUGUCAUCGUGCUGUCCUUGGCCCCCAUGGUGGCCUCUACGGUGGCCAACGGGCCCAGCAGCCCCUGGGAUGCCAUCAGUCUCAUCAUCACUUUACGCAUCUGGAGGGUCAAGAGGAUCAUUGAUGCUUAUGUGCUGCAAGUCAAAGUUGAGAUGGAGCUGGAGAUCCAGCAGUGUGAGAAGACAAAGGCUGUGAGAGAGGAGCAGCUGGAGCGCCUCACUCAGAUCUGCCAGGAACAGGCUUUUGAGAUCAGGCAGCUGAGGGCACAUCUGGCCCAGCAGGACCUGGACCUCGCGGCAGAACGUGAAGCAGCCAUGCAGAUCCACCACGUAUGGGGCAAACAGGGCAGGAGUUUUCAGGUUGUAGAAGGAUUGACUCCCGGGGAGUCUGACGAUGAGGGCGGCCAGAGAAACCCCAGGGAGCCUCAUGCCACUGCAGAUCCAGUGGUACGUGAUGACAUGAACAACUACAUCAGCCAAUACUACAGUGAAGCAAGCAGUGAUCCUGGAGCUUCUGGCUUAAGUGCCCGGAUCAUCACCACUGCAGCCAUCGAUGUUCACCUCCCCACCAAUCCAAACCCCAUCCAGUCCAACCCGAUGCUUGCUAUGGAGCGGGUGUGCACCGCCGUAAGCGACGCCUCAACCAGCAUAUCGCGGUCUAGCGGCAGCCUAACGGCCCGCCCGCACAGCCUGAGCAGCCACACCCCGGGUUCAUCUAUGACAGACUGCAGCAGCAGCACGGCUCAGGACCUGAGUCUGAGCUACAGCUCCCAUCGCUGCUGCCCUCCUUCCUUCUCAGGCCAGGACCCCUGCAGGGACCCCAGCAUGAUGGUGCAGGAGCUUCUCUCCUCCCUCUCUGAGGACUCCUGUCUUGCUCAAAAGGGCCUGGCAGUGGACCCUGUCAACCUUAAACUUCCCAGCCCUACUGGCUCAGAAAAGGCCAGCCCUGAGCUGGACAACAGAAUUAACAUCUUCAACCGCAGGAACCAAGAGGAGAGGCGAGGCCGGGGACGGGGUUGCGUGCUGUUGCAGACCAAGCCCCUGAUCCACCUGCAGGGCAGCACCGCUGAGCCGUCCCUGGACGAGAAGUAUCGGCUCCUGGGACCAACUGACACACCUCUGGGGCACAUGCCUGAUACAUAA